CGUUUUUAAUGUUCCAGGAGCUACCAUUCAACGUAGUUUUUCAAUUCUUCCACUUCCCAUUCACUCUUCUAUAAUAUUUAUUCGUGUGAAACCUGAAUUGUUAGUUAAUUAUCGCCCAAUUUUGGUUACAAAAUGGUGGAAGAAUCCCAAUUGGUAGCCAAAAGACACAUUGCUGUUCUUGCAUUUCCAUUUGCGACACAUGCUGCACCUCUCCUUGGCCUGGUUCAGAGGCUAUCGAAGGCGAUCCCCGACGCAAAGUUCUCCUUCUUCAGCACAGCACAAUCGAAUAGAUCCAUAUUUCGCAACAAAGGCGAUGAUGAUGAUGAGAAUGAGAAUGAUAAUAUAAUCAAGCCCUUCGAUGUAGAGGAUGGGUUGCCUGAAGAUUGGGUGUUUUCUCAUGCUAGACCGAAUGAGCCGGUGCAGGCUUUCUUGAAGAUAGUUCCAGGAAAUUUUAGGAAGGCUAUGGAAGUGGCGGUGGCGGAGACGGGUAGGAGGUUUACUUGCUUGAUGAGUGACGCAUUCUUUUGGUUUGCUGGGGAGAUGGCGAUGGAACUGCAGGUUCCCUGGGUUCCUUUGUGGACUGCAGGCCCUCUUGCUCUCCUUGUUCAUGUUGAAUCAGACAUUAUCCGCCAAAAGAUAAUCAACGACAAAAGAAGUAGUACAGAUUUCCUUCCUGGUAUGUCAGGAAUACGACCGGUGGACAUGCCGGAAUCCAUACUCAGAGACUUCGAAUCGCCAUUCUCAAUUAUGUUGUACAAAAUGGGACUAAUGUUGUCACAAGCAUCAGCAGUUGCCACCAACUCCUUUGAAGAAUUAGACCCGGUAGCAGUUAAUGUGCUGAAAUCAAAACUGAACAAUUAUCUCAAUGUUGGACCAUUUGCAAUAACAUCUGAACAACCACCUCCUAAUGAUCCUCACAAUUGCCUGGAAUGGCUAGACAAGCAAAGCCCAGCAUCUGUUGUGUACAUAAGUUUUGGGAGUGUAAUACAACCACCACCACAAGAGCUAGCAACACUAGCAGAAACACUUGAGACAACUGGGUAUCCAUUUCUUUGGUCAUUCAGGGGAAAUCCGGAUGAGAAGUUACCGAAAGGAUUCAUUGAACGGAUCGGUGAGAAAGGCAAGAUUGUUCCAUGGGCACCACAGUUACAAAUCUUGGGGCAUGAAUCUGUUGGAGUGUUUUUGACACAUUGUGGAUGGAAUUCAGUAUUGGAGAGUGUUAUUGGUGGUGUGCCUUUGAUUUGCAGGCCAUUUUUCGGAGAUCAGCCGCUGAAUAUGAGGAUUGUUGAUGCUGUUUGGGAGACUGGUGUGGGAGUUGAUGGGGGGAUGCUCACAAAAGAUGAGACAAUUAAAGCAUUGGAGCUUAUUUUGUGUAGUGAAAAGGGGAAGAAAAUGAGAGAGAAGCUUAAGGCCCAAAAAGAGCUUGCUUUCAAUGCAGUAAAAUCAGGUGGUAGCUCUGAUGAGAAUUUUGAAACUUUGGUUGAAGUAGUCAGCAGGACUAGUACUUCUUGAAGUCUUUGUAAUUCAAGAAUUAAACUACCAAUUUUUGGUACUAUUAUGUGAAAUUUGUAGCAAUGUAUGUGUAGAAGGAUUUAGGACUUGGUAGAAAGAGAGAAUAUAUGCUCUGUUUUCCCCCCGUAAUUUCAUUUGUUGUUCUAAUAGUCUCAUUUUAUGGCAGUUUAUUUAGAUAUG